GCGGUUCUUCUGUGAGCAAGGGACACGCUAGGCAUUCUGGGUAGGGCACUUUGAGGUACGGCCAUAUUGCUCCAGCGUCCUGACUGAAGGAGAGAGGGGAGAUGAAGGGGAUUCGAGGAAUCAGUAAACUGUCGACGAGGCUUUAUGCGGCCCAGGCUGCCCGUAAGGUGGAGGCCACCGGGGCUGCCGAACACAUUAAGCUUCAGCCGCAGGAUGUGCAGGUGACCAGACUGCCUAGUGGACUGGUGAUCGCCUCACUUGAGAAUUAUUCCCCUGCCUCCAAGAUCGGAGUGUUUGUCAAAGCCGGCUCUCGUUAUGAGACCUCUGAAAACCAGGGGGUCACCCACCUCCUCCGACUGGCCUCCAGCCUGACAACCAAAGGAGCUUCAGCUUUCAAGAUAUGCCGUGGUGUUGAGGCAGUGGGAGGCAACCUGAGUGUGACUUCAUCCAGGGAGAACAUGAUCUACACUGUUGAUUGCUUGAGAGAUGACAUUGACACGGUGAUGGAAUAUUUGAUCAAUAUAACAACAGCCCAAGAGUUCAGACCAUGGGAGGUGUCAGACCUCACACCCAGGGUGAAGAUGGACAAGGCCCAGGCUGCACAGAGCCCUCAGAUAGCUGUGAUUGAAGCUCUGCAUCAGGCGGCCUACAAGAACGCUCUCUGUAACUCUCUGUACUGCCCAGACCACAUGGUUGACAACGUCCAGUCUGAACAUCUGCACCAGUUUGUCCAGAACAAUUUCACAAGUGCAAGAAUGGCUCUUGUGGGACUUGGUAUUGACCACGCUGUGCUGAAGCAAGUUGGAGAGCAAUUCCUCAACAUCCGCAGUGGAGGAGGCGCCACAGGAGCUGGAGCUCAGUAUCGUGGAGGUGAGAUCCGCCUGGCCGGCCUCAGCAGCCUGGUGCACUCGGCAGUGGUGAGCCAGUCGGCAGCAGCGGGCACCAGCGAGGCUUUAGCUUUCAGUGUGCUGCAGCAGGUACUGGGAGCCGGUCCACAUGUCAAGAGGGGGUCAAACACCUCCAGCCAACUCAUCCAGGGUGUUGCCAAGGCGACAACUGACCCCUUUGAUGUCAGUGCUUUCAAUGCAAGCUACUCUGACUCUGGUCUGUUUGGGGUCUACACCAUUUCUCAGGCCGCAGCCGCUGGUGACGUGAUUGCGGCUGCUCUUGCCCAGGUGAAGGCUGUUGCUGAUGGCGGAGUCACAGCUGCUGACCUCACUCGGGCCAAGGCCCAGCUGAAGGGGCAGUUCCUGAUGUCUCUGGAGACUUCGGGGGGUCUGCUGGAGGCCAUGGGCACUCAGGCUCUGACCGAGGGAUCCUACAGCUCCCCUGAGGAAGUCAUCAAAAAAAUUGACAAUGUCUCCUUGACGGACAUCGCCAACGCUGCCGGCAACUUUGUGUCUGGAAAGAAGACGAUGGCAUCCAGCGGCAACCUCAUAAAAACACCCUUCGUGGAUGAGAUCUGAGCCCCACCUUAGUCUCCCCGUACUGUAUCUAAAUGUGACAAGAUAUCAAAAAUUUUUUCCCCUCUACAUUUCCACAGCAAGAAUUCCGAGAUCAUCGCCACCUUAUCCAAUGCUGUUGUGUUGAGAGAUAUAAUGUCAUAACACCGCUGGGUCUUUGUAGGUGUUGUAACGGUAUAUUUUCAGGCGAUGCCCCUCUGACACAUUGUACGGUCGUGCUCCACUCAUCUGUCCACAUUAACUGUAUAGCUGAUGUAAAAUAAUGAAUAAACUAUCUACCUUA